UAGCGCAGCUAAAAGUUCCGAGUGACUUCUCUUCGAAAAGUUCAGUGAUUGUAAAAGAAUAUGGAGCAAAGAGAAUGUGCAGAACUCCGGGAGCAAGCCAGCCGGCUGAAUACGCGAGAUUUUAUCGCGUGGACACAGCGUGUCGAUGAGGUCAUCAAAUUGCUUGAAGAACAGAAUCGAAAUAAUGAACAUCUACGAUUAUUGAGCGGUUUACAACAAUCACUGAUUAAUAAUAUCGCGGAACUCGAAAGUUUGAAAGACUCGGUGAGUAGACGAUUCGUACAUGUGGGCGCAGAAUUCGACGCGAGGCUCAGGUGGCGCGAGAUAGAUACAGCUUUCAAACGCCGUAUACUGACCGGGGCCGUUAUAAAUUCCAAGCACAUUGAUCCGAGACAAUUUCUCGAGGAUGCGCGAGAAAUUGUGUUUGAACAUGUGCAGAAUUUUAGGGAAACGCAUAACAGCAUUAAAAUAAACACAAUUUUUAACGGCGAAUUUGAAUCGGGUGACAAACGCGCAAAUAAAAGUGUUGCUACGAAAAACAGUGAACUCUUUCGUUGCACAGAUUUACGCGAGUGGUACGAUUCACGCGUUGUUGAGUCUACUUUAGCGUCGUUGGAAGAAUUCCAGGAACGUGACAGCGGGUGGAAGUUGUUACGCAUACUUAAUUUAAUAGUUAAUAUAAACAAGCACAAUCCGUUGCACGCGGGAUGUCAUAUAAAGUUACCGCGAGAAAUUAUAUUGAAAAAAGCGGUGGUCAACAUCAAAGAUACGGGCAAUGCAUGUUUCGCGUGGGCAGUGGUGGCCGCUCUGCAUCCUGCUGAAAGUAAUGUGAGUCUGAAAUCCUCUUAUCCGUAUUAUAAGGACGUAUUAAAUUUUAAAGACAUUGAGUUCCCA